GAGGAUGAAGAGGACGCAGCAUUUAUCGCGGCGACACAGGCUGCUGUCAAUCGCAAGAACGACAGUACGGCAGCGAAGAAGGCGGGAGCAUUCAAAAGCAUGGGAUUGAACGCGCACCUGCUCAAAGCCAUCACGCGAAAAGGCUUCACUGUGCCGACUCCGAUCCAGCGAAAGACGAUUCCUUUGAUCAUGGAUGGACAAGAUGUAGUUGGCAUGGCAAGGACAGGCUCCGGAAAAACGGCGGCAUUUGUGAUUCCCAUGAUUGAGAAGCUCAAGUCACAUUCGGCAAAAGUAGGCGCAAGAGCUGUGGUUCUGUCGCCUAGCAGAGAAUUGGCGCUGCAGACAUUGAAAGUGGUCAAGGAGAUGGGCAGAGGCACAGACCUUCGGACGACGCUGCUUGUGGGAGGAGACAGCCUGGAAGAUCAGUUUGGCAGCAUGGCGAGCAAUCCGGACAUAAUCAUUGCCACGCCUGGCCGUUUCGAGCAUCUCAAGGUCGAGAUGGGCUUGGAGUUGAGCAGCGUGAAAUAUGUCGUCUUUGACGAGGCUGACAGACUCUUCGAAAUGGGUUUCGCGGCACAACUCCACGAAAUCAUGUAUUCGCUGCCAUCGAACCGGCAGACCUUACUCUUUUCUGCCACGCUCCCGAAGAGCUUGGUGGAGUUCGCUAGAGCAGGUCUGCAAGAUCCAAAACUGGUCCGUCUGGAUGCUGAAAGCAAGAUUGCACCGGGUCUGCAAAGCGUCUUCUUCACAGUGAAACGUGCCGAGAAGGAAGGAGCGCUGCUCCAUAUCUUGCAAGACGUGAUCAAAAUGCCGGCUGGAUCGAACGUGGCUGAGAAGAGAGAUGGCAAGGAUAAAGGCAGCAAGAAGCGAAAGCGAGACUCAGAUGCUCCGGCGCACGAAGCACCAUCGGCACACUCGACGGUCGUCUUCGCAGCAACAAAGCAUCACGUCGAGUACCUCGCGAAUUUCUUGAAGGCGUACGGUUACGCCACAUCUUACGUAUAUGGAUCGCUGGACCAGACUGCACGCAAGAUGCAGGUGCAAGACUUUCGAUCUGGUAUCACGAACAUCUUGGUGGUCACGGAUGUUGCGGCUCGUGGUCUUGACGUGCCGCUGCUCGCCAACGUCAUCAACUACGACUUCCCUUCCCAGCCAAAGAUCUUCGUCCAUCGCGUUGGCCGAACAGCACGGGCCGGAAGGGAAGGCUGGAGUUACAGCUUGAUCACGCAGCAAGACAUGCCAUAUUUACUAGAUCUGCAGUUGUUCCUCGGCCGCAGGCUUGUGCUUGGUAGAACUGAGAAAGAGCCCGGCAUUUUCCAGAACGCGAUUGUACUUGGAGCUCUUCGUCGCGAUAAGCUCGAACCACUUAUGGAAGAGAGUGCCAAGCUCAUCGAAGAAGAUGACGACCUUUCUGCGAUGCGAGAUGUGGCUGCGAAGGGCGAGAAACAAUACCUGCGCACUAGGAAUGCCGCAUCUGCAGAAAGCGUGAAGCGAGCGAAGACCUUGGCACAAAGCGGCGAUACGACGGCCACAAACAUACUGUUUGAGGAGAUCGACCAGACUGCCGCGGACGAAGAGCAGAGACGGCUAGAUAUGCUGGCCAAAGUGUCCGGCUUCAGACCGGCAGAGACCGUCUUCGAGGUUGGUCAGCGAGGGAAGCUGACUGAAGCUGCCGAAGUGAUGAGGAAGAGGCGGGCAAAGAUCGAGCCAAAGUUCAGCAAAAAGGACGCAAACGAUAGUGAAGAGGAAGAGGAGACGGUUAACAUGACCGGUCGAGAUGCAGAGGCGGAAGUGAGCGAGGACGAAGAUGAGCUGGUCCUGACACAGCCCAAUGGUGCUGACAUGGAGGAGGCGUCGGACGAUGAGAUUGAGCUCACUUUUACUGCAUCCGAUGGACCGCAAGCAAGUGGUAGGAAGAAGAGGAAGAACGAUACCGGGCAAGACUCCGAUUUCUUCAUGUCCUACACUCCCUCAACGAUCAACAUGGCCGAAGAUCGUGGUUACGGUGUCCACUCUGGCGGUACGAAUGCAAAUUCACAUUUCCUUGAGCAAGCUAGAGGUGCCACUAUGGAUCUUACAAACGACGAAGACUCUGGCUUGAAGGAAGCAUCACGCAGUAAAGGCCUGCGUUGGGACAAAAAGUCAAAGAAGUACGUCCAGAAAGCGAACGACGAGGAUGGUUCUAAAGGUGCUCGCAUGAUCCGCGGCGAAAGUGGCCAAAAAAUUGCAGCAUCUUUCAAAUCUGGCCGUUUUGAUGCUUGGAAGAAGGCGAAUCGUGUUGAGCGGUUGCCGCGUGUGGGCGAGCAGGAGAAGAGUAAUGCACAUUUCGCGCAAAAUGGCGGUAAGAGGUACAAGCACAAGCAGGAGAAGGCACCGAAGCAGGCCGAUAAGUACCGUGAUGAUUAUUACAAACGGAAGAAGAGGGUUGAUGAGGCGAAGGAGAAGAGGGUGGGUCAGUUUGCUGAUGGUAAGGGCAAGAGUGAGCUGCGAGGAGUGGAGGAUGUGAGGAAGCUGAGGAGGUUGAAGGAGAGGAGGAAGGAAAAGAAUGCUAGACCGAGUCGCAAG